AGAUGCUCGCUGCCAACAUAAAGGCCAACGUUUCAGCGAUCACCUCCAUAGUGUUGGCGUCGUCUUCACUCUUCCUGAACAGGAUCUACUUGCUAAUAGCGGACUCCCUAGGCAUGUACGUCAACUACUGGAUGUUCGCCGCCAGUUGCUUCCUCGCCACCGUGUUCACAGCGACUGUCGUCGUGGAGACCAAGGGCAAGACCCUGCAGGAGAUACAAGACGAGUUGGCUCGCGGCAAACCCUCCAAGGACCUGCGACAGGAAGGCAGCGGUUUAGCUCUCAAUAAUAAGUCCUAGAGGUACGGUUCGUGGUAUUGUGCAAGAUAAUCGGGAUAACCCCUUACAGUCUUAUUAAAACGAUCUUAAAUACCUAUGUGAGUUGCCUUCCAUACACACAAUGAUAAUAAAAAGUUGAAAUUAUAUUUUGUAAAAUAUGAAUAUUUGUAUCAAUCUCGUAGUGAUCGUGUUUAAUGACAAAUGGUAACAAGAAAAGUUUGUUCCCUGGCUGUGGUCAAGUUAUGUCAUGUUGACUGACGGUGCAGUGGAAAUGUCCCCAACUUGAACAACAUUUAAACAAUUCCAUUUAUUGAAGCAUUAGCAAUAUGAAAACACAUUUAUGAUAUAAGCGUUUUUCUUAGAGUUUUGUCUCGUUAUGUCUGUUUAAUCUAAAGUUAUAGUGAAAUAAAAGUUUUUAUGAAUCAAUUAAAUGCUAUGUUUAAA